AUGCACCACGAACGUCUCAUCCGAAAUGCGAUUUUCCGAUUGUUACGCACUCUGAACAGUCGCAGUUUGGAAUUGGUCAUUCAUGCAGCAGAACGUCAGCUAUAUCGUUUAGAACGAAGACGAACAGAAGCCAAUGGACCGCAACAAACCACUCCGGACGAAGAUGACUGGACAGAAAGUAGUAAUUAUGAUCGUACAAAUUAUUUGGACAAUACAUUAUGA